AUGUCUCUAGUCAAUUUGCAGCCAGAGCCCAGAUUAAGAUCACCACAUGUAAAGACAAGUUUGAAAGAAGUAACACAUUUGCUACCAAUGGCACCGCCAUGUCGUAUUUUUUUCAAAAACGAAAAUGAACAACCUUCGGGCAGUUUCAAAUUGAGAGGAAUAGGUCAUCUUGUUAAACGAUCAAUUGAAAAAGCUCAAGAGCAAGGUAUUACCUUGGAUAAGAUACAUCUCUUUGCUUCGAGCGGUGGUAACGCAGGAUUGGCAGCCGCGUAUCUGGCUGCGUUCUACAAUGUAAAAUGCACUGUUGUUAUCCCCACAAUUGCGAAACCAAUCAUUAUAGAGAAACUCAAAGGCUAUGGAGCAAGCGUUGUUCUUCAAGGUAGAUCCAUAAACGAGGCUGAUCAGUUUUUGAAAACUUUGAUGAGUAAUAUUGGUGAUGCAGUAUUUCCCAUUUAUUGUCAUCCUUUUGAUAACCCUCAUAUAUGGGAAGGUCACUCUUCAAUAGUAGAUGAAGUGGUGGAACAAAUAGGUGAUAAUGAUAUAGAUAAACUUAAAGGGUUUGUAUGUUCUUUUGGUGGUGGCGGUUUGUACAAUGGGAUAUACCAGGGAAUGGUUAACAAUUUGGUUAAAGGUGAUAUAUUGCUAAUUGAAACGGCACAAGCACCAACAUUGAACGAAUCAAUCAAGGCAAACAAUAUAAUUACAUUGAAUGAAAUUAACUCCCUUGCUACAUCGUUGGCGUGCUCGUAUACAACAAAACAAUCAUUGCAAUACUACCAAACAAAAUCAAAUGGAAUCAAUUCAAAACUAGAGACAAUAGACGAUAUGGAUUCGUUAAGAGCUUGCGUAGCCUAUAAAAAAUAUAAUAAUGAAGUAGUGGAGCCAGCUUGCGGUGCAGCUUUAUCCGUUUGUUACAAUCGUUUGGAUCUAUUAUUUAAAGCGCUUCCACACUUACAAAAGGAUGAUAUCUUGGUAAUAGUGGUAUGUGGUGGAUCAUGUACCACUGAACAGGAUUUGGCUCAUUACCAAGUGAUUGUUAAAAAAUCCGAAACCAAACUUUAA